UCGUUUGCUCUCGGUUUUGGACAUAUAGUCGUAUACGGUGUGAGAUGGAGGCAAUAGUGUGGUUAAAUUUAAUGCUCAAUGUUCCAGGGAUGUAUGUGUAUUUUAGAGAUGGAAGCCAACGGUUGCUAACGGCUAACGCCGUAGCAUUCCAUUGUCAUAGCCCGCAAACGUUAGCCUGGUAACAGCUGUAAAGAAAAUAUUUUAUUCCCCGCUUGUAGUGGAUGAAUCACCCAGUCACGAUUUCAGCAAUGUACUAAUAUCAGUGGUACACCCGUGGGACAUUUAGAUAAGCAAAUUCCUUGGGUUGUUAAAUUGGAUUGGCUCAUUUACGCAGUCGCCUCGUUAGCAUGCUAAUGCUUGUUAAGUAAGGAGGCUAGCACACCAGCUAAUGGCAAAUCCUCAUUCUCUGCCAUUGUAAACAGUGGUGUGCGGCUCGUUAGCUCGCUGCUAGCCUGUCUUCGGUGGCCACACUGCAAGACGUUUCAAAAUGUCCUCCCCUGACAUGUUCGUUUGGCCCGAGCGUUCGCUGUACCGAUGCUCACGAGGACCGAGGACCGUUUAUCGCCCGUGUUCUCCCAGUACCACAGGGCGCGUGGACCGUGCACGCUAGUGGGACGACGAGGUGGCUGCUGGCUCGGAGCCAACAUAGCUAUUGUCUGUUUCCUGCAAGUUGUUAUGCUACUAUGUUGCAUGGCAUUGAGCUCAAAGACUAAUGAACCCGAGAUGGAGCAAUCCAAAUAUAGUCUACAAAGAGAAUGGAAGGUGGGCUGUCUGUCUCUGUGAGGAAGCCCCCCCAACCUGACUAUGAAUCCUAUGAACCCCAUGAAGGCUGGACUAUCAAACAACCCCCACAACGACGGUUCGUACCCCUAUGACCCCUCCAGUUGGCAGCAACAGUCCAAUCAGCCAACAGGAUCCCUCUCCGUGGUAACCACAGUCUGGGGGGUGACCAAUCCCUCGGCCAGCCAGGGUCUAGGUGGGGGAGGGAUGGGUCCCGGGAACAACCCAGGUGGCGGGCCCAUGAUGCAGGGACCCGGUGGGCCCGGUAUGGGUGGCCCUCCUGGAGGGUACAUGGGCCAACAGGGGUACCCUGAGCCCAACAAGGGCUACAUGGGCCAGGGCAUGUACGGCCGGUCCUCCGGAGGGUACCCGGGAGGAGCACCGGGCUAUGGGGGCAGCUACCAACAGGUACCGGGCGGUUCCAGGGGGUCAGAGUUCACCCAGGCAGCAACCGCUGCCGCCGUCGCCGCGGCCGCUGCCACGGCAACCGCCACCGCUACAGCAACAGUGGCUGCCAUCCAGGAGAAACACAACCAGGAAAUGAACUAUGGACAGAUGGGUGGAUCGGCCUACAACCAGCAGUUCAUGUCCCAUGCGGGCCCCCGCGGCCCCCCUGGUAUGUCCCAAGGUGGCAUGGGCCCUGGUCAGAGCAGGCCCCCCCCCUCAAUGGGCCCCAUGUACGGCCCCGGUGGACCCGCUCAGAGGAUGGCCCAGCAUCCAAACUAUGGGCCCGGGCCCCAGCAAGGACCUCUACGACCGCAACAAGGCCUCAAACGGCCCUACAACUCUGAGUCGUUCCCCGGCGUACCCCAGCAGUACGGGCUCCAGGUGGGCUCCAGUGUGAACGUGAUGUCCGGCCCCGGGGGUCCAGGCCCUGGGGGAGCUGGGCCCCACCACCCGGGUCAGGGCCCCUACUCAGGGCAGAACAUGCAGUACCAUGGAGGUCCCGGUGGUCCUGGCCCCGCACCCCAGCGAUCUGGUCCCUCCCCUUCUUACCAGAACCACAAGAUGUCCCUCCCACAGUACCCCAACUCGGCCCCACCAAACUCACAAUACUACAAGGACCAGUUUAAUGGGCAGGGCGGUGCAUUAAACUCCUUAUCAGCAGGUGGCGCCGGUGGCACGUACAGCUCGUUCAACCAGCCUACUGGGCCGGGCCGAGGGUUGCCAGGUUACCCUAGUUCUCCCCUUCCCGGUAACCCCACCCCUCCCAUCACCCCUGGGAGUUCAAUGGCCCCACCCUACAUGUCUCCUAGCAACAGUGACGUCAAGCCAUCACCUUCUUCCUUCCUGCCGGACAUUAAGCCCAACAUGAGCAGCCUGGUUCCACCCCCUCCUUCCGGUAACCCUAGCGACGACCUUCGGCUGACCUUUCCUGUGCGUGACGGCGUGGUACUAGAGCCCUUCAGACUAGAGCACAACCUGGCCGUGAGUAACCACGUCUUCCAGCUGAGGGACUCUGUCAUCAAGACCCUGAUGAUGAGGCCAGAUCUGGAGCUGCAGUUCAAAUGUUACCACCAUGAAGAUCGGCAGAUGAACACCAACUGGCCUGCGUCUGUUCAGGUCAGUGUCAACGCCACCCCGCUGACCAUAGAGCGCGGGGACAACAAGACUUCCCAUAAGCCCUUGUAUCUGAAGCACGUCUGCCAACCAGGAAGGAACACCAUUCAGAUCACUGUCACAGCCUGCUGUUGUUCCCACCUGUUUGUCCUCCAGCUGGUCCAUCGGCCGUCUGUCCGCUCGGUUCUUCAGGGACUCAUGAAGAAGAGGCUUCUCCCUGCAGAGCACUGUGUUACCAAGAUAAAGAGGAACUUCAGCAGUGGGACGAUCCCGGGGACCCCCGGGCUCAACGGAGAGGACGGGGUGGAGCAGACCGCCAUCAGGGUCUCCCUCAAGUGUCCAAUCACAUUCAGACGUAUCCAGCUCCCCGCGAGAGGCCACGACUGUCGACACAUCCAGUGCUUUGAUUUGGAAUCGUACCUGCAGCUCAACUGUGAACGAGGGACGUGGCGCUGCCCUGUGUGCAAUAAAACGGCUCUUCUGGAAGGCUUGGAGGUGGACCAGUAUAUGCUAGGGAUCCUCAUCUACGUCCAGAGCUCUGAAUACGAGGAGAUCACCAUCGACCCGGUCUGCAGUUGGAAGCCGGUUCCAGUCAAGCCCGACCUCCACAUCAAGGAGGAGCCGGACGGGCCCGUGCUGAAACGCUGCCGCACGCUCAGCCCGAGUCACAUGGUCCUGCCUAGCGUUAUGGAGAUGAUCGCGUCACUAGGCCCCUCACCCUCCUCCUCUGGACCCUCCUCGAGGACCUCGUCCUCGCCCAUGCCCUUCCCCACCAUGCCUGCAGGGGGCAAUAGCAACAACGGCGGCAACUCUGACUACGGUGGACAAGGUGGGUACCCCGGCCAGCCUGGAGGCUUCCCAGAGUUCCCGGGAGUGGGAGGAGACUUCUCUUCUCCCGGGCCGCCCCCUCUCUCGUACCAGUCGGAGCUGCCCAGUGGCCUCCUCACCCCCGACAAACCUCCCCCACAUCCCAUGGGCCAACAGAUGUCUCUUCCAGGCCGGCUGGACCCCACUUCCCAUGCUGGUUCCCAGCAGCAGUCACAUGGUCUCCACGGUAACGCCCAGCCGGGGAGCGGUAACCAUGGCAACCAAAUGAUGCAGCGUGGCAACCAGAACCCCCGUCUCCAAGGCGACGGGUUUGGUCUGGGGGUGCCAGGGGGGUCUGAUGUUCCAGAACCUUCGUUGGAUUUGCUUCCAGAUCUGACCAACCCAGAUGAGCUGCUCUCCUAUCUGGGACCCCCGGACCACCCUAGCAACAACAAUGACGACCUGCUGUCCCUGUUUGAGAAUAACUGAAUGGGAACACGUGCACACAAAGGAAUAUACAGACACACGCACACUCAAAAUACAACACACACACACACACACACACACACACACACACACACACACACACACACACACACACACACACACACACACACACACACACACACACACACACACACACACACACACACACACACACACACACACACACACACACACACAGGAUACCACACGAACACAGACACAGGAUACAGCACACGACCACACACACUUACACGUUUCCCAUGGCUCUCACACUCUCCCCCUGCUGGAGGGAGAGGCUCUAUUCAUGCUGGGCUGGUUCGACUCACAGCUCCUAUCUGUGUAUGUUGGUGCAUUCGUAGAGAUUCAACAAAGUCUUCAGGUCUUUUACUUUUGCCGAUCCCCAGAAACAAAGGAACUGUCGAGGCGCUAUGACUGACUUCCUGUAUAUUUAUGUAUUAAAUACAAUGUACCAGUUGUUGAAGCACCCCAAAUCCGCCACAACACUCAUGUGAAAUAGUCAUGGAGUUCGAUGUGGAUGCAAGAAGUUAGUUUUGCCUGUUUUUAGGAACAUUUAUGUGGGGUGAGAAUUUUAAAACUAGAUGGACCCCGGCCUGUCAUUUUUUCAAUGCACUAGAUGUCCCUGAAACUGGUCCAGUGUGGAUAGCUGUCACUUUCCUCCCUCAUGCAGCACAGACACCAAACAAUGAGGACGUAAACAGACAAACUGACACACGCCCAAACUCUUUGACCGGGAAAAAAAGAACCCACGAAUGAUGUGGUGGGACCUCCUGUGGGGCUGGACUCGGGCAAGGCCUCGCCAGGACUCAACGGGGCAAUUGACAAUAAGAAAAUGAUAAUACAACAACUUUUAAAUAUACAAAUUUGUAAUGUCUUAUGGUAACUGUAUUAUGUUUUUGUUUUUUUCUUUUUCUUUUUUUUUAAAUCUCAGAGAAAAAAAUGUAUUGAUCUUUCAUCGUCCAUUCCUAAUUGUGGAGCGCCAGCCUCCUGGGAGUGUUGGUCAAGCGGUGGGCCGGGACACACACAAAGCCACUGCUCCUGUUUCCUCACGCGACCAGUGUUUUUUAGUAAACCUCAGACUCCAAAAACGUUCUUUAUUUGAGUUCACGUGGUGUCCCCUCCUCCAACAUGAUCAGAGUGUAUGUUUUAUAACGAUUCGUCUUGCCAGGCACUUUAUGAUGCUCCCCGGUGCUUAGAGACCUUUACAUGGCAUCGCGGUGGGGAUUGUGAAGAUGUUGAUACUAUUUCAGACACCACUAAAGACUUGUAGAGAACGUUGGAGAGGCGGGGAAUAUGUGUUGAAUAUGACCUGACUGGUGGAAAACGGUUGGUUUUACAUCUGGCUGAUCGGGUCCCAAGGAGGGAUGACCAAAAUGUAUAUGAAUGAUACAGGUUUAGCUUCUCUCUCCAUUGUAGUUUGCUGAUCAAGGAUGACUAGAUUUGACUUAACAAUGCAGUCCACGCAUUAUAUUUUUUUCUACACUUUGUCGAGAGAACGAAAAGAUUUGUUCACCUUUCCAGAUGAAUGGACCGGGAGAGUGAACGACUGAACUCAGACCCUGGGCCUUCGGACAGCCCCCCUCCCCCCCCCCCCAAAUGUCUAAAUAUAGUCCAUCGCAGUCCCACUACCGGCUCCUGUUGGACACUUUUUACCGCAGGACCAGCGUCUGGCCUCUCUGGAAACAGUCCCUUUAACCAACCCCCCGUCCCCCCGUCAUCUGCAGUUUUGAAGAGAAUGCUUUGGUCUCGCUGAGCUUCUAAAGACUCCCGUUACACUGGUGUCGUCACCUGUAAUAAAUACUGAUGGGAAUGAAAUGACUUCACAAGGACUCCAGCGGCCCACAUGUCUGCAUGUCCAGUGUGCAGCGGGCUCCUCGAGGGUUUCAAUGGAUCAGCGAGGGUGUUCCGGGGUGUUUUUCCAUCAUCCUCCUCAUAUAUGUUGUAAAUUAUCUAGUCCAGACAGGUGUUGUGUGUCUGUCCAGUGUUCACCGAGUCAGGUGACCUAAGCUCAACAUGUUCAUCACUCUGUGAUUCAGUAAUUAUGCUAAUAUUAAUAACCUUUUAAUUUAAUAAACACAAGCUGGAAAGAC